UAGUGGAGUAACGCAAGUGAGCUUUCCUAAGCGGUACCAACACAUGUUAAGUUAAUUUUCCUUUCCUCGACAAUGGAUCCUGUUCUGUACAUUAUAGCCGCCGUGAUUCUUAUCGUGCUGAUAUUUUUUACAGUAAAAAUACGUGGACGAGUACAGCAAGCUGACCGUGAAGACCAUCACAAUGUCGCGGCACGCGCUGCUGCCCGUCCCCACGUGGAGGAAGCACGUGGUGCGGGCAUGCCUCGUCGCCGUAGAAACCUCCAAAGCAGGAUGAUCGCUCAAAGAAGUAACCAGAGGGACGCCUCAGACAAUGAGGACAGCCCUGUUGACUUGGGUGCCGAUGAGGAUGAGGAGCAGAUCCACGAAGAAGAGCAGCUGCAGGCCAAAGGGAAAGUGGGAGCGAAGAAGCAGCGUAAGCUGGAGGAGAAACAGGCGAGGAAAGCCCAGAGAGAGGCGGAGAUGGAGGAGCGGGAAGAGAGGAAGAGAAUGCAGGAGCUAAGAGAGCAGGAGAGACAGAAGGAGGAGGAGAAAGAGAGACUGUUGGAGCAGAAGCAGGAAGAGGAGUUGCGUCGUGCUAAGGAGGAGCAGGAGAGGAGGGAGGAAGAGGAGUACCAAAGGCUUAAACAGGCGUUUGUCAUCGAGGAGCAGGGUGAAGCUGACGAACUAACAGAGCAGGAGUCUCUCAGCCUGCUACAGGAGUUUAUUCAGUAUAUCAAGGACUCUAAGGUGGUGUUACUGGAGGACUUGGCGUCACACUUUGGAAUGCGUACACAGGAUGCUAUUGCCAGAGUGCAGGACUUAAUCGCCGAUGGUUCCCUCACAGGUGUGAUCGACGACAGAGGGAAAUUCAUCUCCAUCACGCCGGAGGAGCUGAACGCUGUGGCCCAGUUCAUCAAACAGAGAGGGAGAGUGUCCAUAUCAGAACUUGUCCAAGCCAGCAACACCCUCAUCGACCUCACGCCAGUGAUCCGCAACACGACGUAAUGCCAACACGCAACACCGGACUCAACCGUUCAUGCUCUGAGAUUUGACCUGAGCAGUUACACGGUGUCUGAUCUGAAGCUACUAAUGACCUGGACAUUUUUGAUGCGUCACAAUAAGUAAUAGUUGGGGAAAAAGAUAAAAUGAAAUAAAUAAGUCAUAUACAAGCAGAUAGUUGAAUAUGGAGUUCAUCCUCUGUAAGAGUGAAGGGUUUUCCUAUGAAUGAAUGAAUGUUUCUGGCCGUGUCUUUGUUAUUUUGCCUCACAACAGUGAUGUGCUGUGGAAAAGCCCAAAAAUUUCUCCACUGCCUGUGUGUAUGAUUAGGAGCAGUUCAUGACAUGGGAAGAGAAACUGGCCAAAACGCUGUGCUGUUGUUGGGUUUUUUUUUCCCCUCUUUUCUCCUAUAAUAAACUGUU